AUGGGUGAAGUGGUAGCCCGCAAGAAGCGCAAUCGCAGCGCCAAAGCCGACACUCCGCGGAAGAGCGCCAGGCUUUCAGGCCAGUCGAGCGCAAAUCCAGCCGCAGCUGAAGAAGACGUGCCCAGCGGCAACGAGAGCGAUUCCCACAGCGAGAGCGAAUUGGGUCCCGAACUCGACAAGGACGACGAUCAGGCCACCGACAGGGCAGAUGUCAUUGACGCGAACCACCCAGAUGUCAUUGCAGGCCGUGUCCCUGCCUGGUCUCGCCCAUUGAAGCCCUGGAAGUUCGCACCCGCCAUCACCAAGACCAGGUUCUCCAAGAAGGAGAAGGAGGAGCUGAACAAGCACAACAUGGACGCGGAUGCUUGGUUUUUUGGGCUCCCUCCUUCCCAGAAGCUCUACUGCAAGGACUUCGUUGCGCGAGGCAAAUUCAAGUUCCGAACUUACCCUCCUUCGGGUGCGUUGGAGAAAGCGCGCCCUGGCCUGAUGGCCGAGUUCCGCGACGCUGGGAGGGACGUCAAUAAACGACCAUACAAGACGGGUCUCAUUGGGGCACAGGCCUUGUUCGCAGCGAACAGCUAUAACUCUUCCAGGGGCUGUUUCGUGUUGCCUUAUCUCGGAUUAACGCAGAUGUACGAGCUGAACGAAUUCCUCGACCUCCAUGUCCUCCAGCACUUUUUAAAGCCUUACCUUGAAACCUACUCGGCCCAGGCUGGUAUAGACGAGCCGGCGCAGCCCGAUGGGGACGGCAAGAAGGCGAAGAGGCCCACUCCCACAGUUCCCAACAAGAACCGAGUCCUGGACUACGUCCGUGAGCUAGUGCACCACCCCCGUCUCAAGCUCAAGACCCAGUACAAGGAAAAGUACCCUUCUCUCCUCGUUACCAAGAACCCGGAGUUCAACAUCCUCCCUAUGGACGAGUACGAGAACGCGGAACGCUUGCCAAAGGACCCUAAACACUUCAUCUGGGGCCAUUCCCACGAGGACUGGAUGCGUGCGUACUUUACGUUCAUGCUCUUUCUGUAUCGGCGCCGCAGUGCCGAUCCCGUCACCUGGACCCGCAAGGCUGCCCAGACCGCAACGGUGGCAUGGGCCGGGUUCUAUGAUGCAAAGGAAGCCGCGGAGGGAGGCAACCAGGAGUUGACCGGCGCGCAGAUCGCCUCUGAGGCCUCUAUCGAGAUGGAGCAGGUGCUGGCGGCCACUGAAGACGAUGACGACGACGGCUCCGAGUCGGAAACCGAGGACGACAAGCAUCGCCAUUUCAAGGAGAACCUCGAGCGGAUGGGAAUGCAGGAGCAGCUGGAGCAGUACGAGGCGACCUACUCCUCCGACUUGAGAGAGUACCAGAAGAACACCUUGAGGCAGGCGAUUGCCGCAGAUCAGCAGUACAAGGUCUUCAGCCUCUUCCAGCCCAGCCGGAAGAUCAAGUGUGCCAUCGAAGAAGCCGGCACCAAGCCGGCCGUGGCUAAGCUCAGCAAGGCCCAGAUCGACUACCUCAUUGGCGCCGCUAACACCUUUGCCAAUGUUCAGAAGCACGAGCGAGUCGGUAACGAUCUCCCUACGAUGGGAGGCGGCGACACUCGGCUGCUGGCCGUCUCUGCGGGCGAAGGUGAAGAGGCUGUCAGGCACCAGUUGGCGAAGGACCGGAACGAGUUGCGCGAGGAAGCCCCCGACAUGUACAACGCCAGCGCGCUAGAGGGAGACGAGGACAUGGCCCGGUUGCGAGAAUCUCGCCGGCUGAUGGGCGGCAACAUUCCAGAGCCGAAAGACUUGGCUAGCAUUGUGGCCGGCUUCCAAAUCGCCCCCGAGGGUGCCACCUGGGACAAGUGCCCGAUCAACAAGGACCUUCCAGACUUCGUCCUCAAGCCGCACCAGAUCAGAGACAUUGACUGGCUCCUGGAGCAGCUCAAGCAUCCGAUCCGCGGCGCCAUCCUCGCCAACGAGUGCGGCAUUGGAAAGACGAUGACGGCGCUGUAUGCGCUUGCGGAGGCCAUUCGCCGCCACGUCAUAGAGCACGAGGGCGACCCCGAGUGGAGGUAUUACCCGUCAGCCAUUGUGAUGCCAGCCUCCGUCCUUGACCAGACCUUUAAGGUCAUCAAGGAGAACUUUUACCACCUCUUUAAGGUGCACGUGUUUUACCAAACGCCGAAGACUGCACCCAAGCAUAGGGUAAAGGAGACCUUGGACAAGACGAAGGGCCUGGUCAAGCUCUUUGACCGCUUGAAGGCUGAGCGCAAUAAGCCCGAGACCGCGUCGAACAUCAUUCUGAUGUCAUACACAACCAACAACCGCCGACUCCUGGAAAACGACCGUCGAGAGCACGUUGAGGCCGAGACCGAUGCGCGCUCUACGGAGGGUGCAGCCGACCCUGAAGACUCUGAGGAGGAGGAGGACAUCCCAGGCGAAGACGACGCGCAGAACCCGGAGGUGGAUAACGACGGCGACAUCGAGAUGGAGGGCACGACUCGCCCCAAGGGUUCCGUGGCAACAAGGAAGACAAACUUUGACCUUCCGUGCAAAAUCCGCCUCUUUGGCCUCAUCGAGGACGAGGGCCAUGCGCUGAAGGACCCGGGUUCCCUGGCAUACAUCAUGUGCGAGAAGUUCACGAAGCACUUCACUUGGAUCGACAGCGCCUUUGGCUAUCAAGCGGCGGGCGCCAUCGAGCACGAUCACCUCGAGGUGAUCUACAGUGAUGAGUACGUCGACGCGUUCAAGCGCCGCGACACUCAGGCGAUGAUCGAACUGGGUGUGCCCAUCAGCUCGCUCCUGGGGAUGACCGAGGGCGCCGAGGCGCAGGAGGAGGCCUCGGGAGCGCAGCCGAAGCCGCCAACCCAGCAGCAGAUUGCCAGGCGCGAAGGCUUUCGGGCGGCGAUGGAAGGCGGCCUGCCGGUGUACCUCCUGAACCCGCACAACUUCAUGGAGUACGGCAAGAUGCUCAGCUUCAAUGUGGAGUUCACGUCUACUGCCGUGAAGCACGCCCUGGCCCAGUGUCAGAUUCGCCGGGGGAUGCUGACGCCGAUGGUGCUUCCUGACGGGCGCACCACGUGCCCAGGCGAGGAUAUGCCGGCCUGCGAUGUCGAGACGGUUGAGGUUGCACCCCUCCGCAAGGAGGACGUGAAGAGGCUGGACAGGCUGAUCUCGACAUACAACAACGACUUGAUCUCCCCGCCACCCAGCGAUAUCCUUCCAACCAUCGGCGGUGGAGGGACUGUGAAGAGGCACGACAAGCCUCGGAUCAACCUAGCUGCAAUGCGCAACGCGUCGCUAGUCAGCACCGACCUCCGAUUCGCUACACUAACCGACCCCUCGAGGCGCAUGGCGCGGGCGACGAUGGAUGCUGCAGGAGCCCGCAAGCUCCAGUCAUUGGGAGGUGCGAGCCUAAGCACGCACGCAAAGCACCAGAAGGCGGUUGACGACGCCAGGGAGAGGUCGCAGCGAAGAGAAGAAGACGAUGACGGAAUAGUCGAGGGCGCCAGCAACGACGGCCCCAAGCCCGAGGCGGAGGCGGCUCGCCUUCAGCGCGCCAAGGCCAAGCGUAGACCCGCGCCCACGGCCGGCGUCAAGGAGGUCAACAACGUCAUCUCCAAGGAUGUCACCCACGGUCUCCAGUACUACUACUUCGCCACCCGAACCGAUCCCGACAUGGGGUGCCCAGUGGACGCCGUCUUGCUGGCCCGUUGGGUCAUUGCCAAGUCUCCCAAGGCGGCAUGGUGCCUCUCGUACGCCUUGAAGUUGAGUGAAGAAGGCAAGCGUUGUCUGUUCUACACGGUCAACCCCCUCACCUCCAUGAUGCUGGCGGCUCUGUUCCGGAUUUGUGGCCUCGAGACCCUCGCUAUUCGCUCCAGCAACAACCAGUCUGAGCGAGACCGCAUGAUUGCCGACUUCAACGACCCGAACACGAAGGUGGACGUGAUGGUUACGUCGUCCUUGUUGGCUGCAUUCGGGGUGAACUACCACAAUGCGUGCCACCACGGCGUGAUCAUGGAGAACUGUCCCAAUUUCGGCCUGCAGUGCCAGGUGAUCGGUCGUCUCUGGCGUCUGGGUCAAAAGGAAAAGGUAUCCUGGAAGAUCCUCCAGACCCAAUCUACCUUUGACCCUUGGUUGGAGACGAAGAACAUGCGAGCCUAUGUGAGCACGGUUGAGGCGGAGGCCGCCAUCGACGCCCGCAUCACUGGGAGCCUGCGCACCGUCUGCGCGUUCGAGGUGCUGAGAAUCUACGUGGGCGCCCCCUUUAACUAUUAUCCCAGAACGUACCGCCCCUGGAAGCACCUGAACAAGCCGGAGGUAUGCCAAGAGGGCUACCUGUUCUCGGCAGUCGCCCAAUGGCUCAUUGCGCACCCUGAAGACUUCGAGGAUGUCGAUACGAUGAGUUCCAUCGCUAAGCGUUGGAAUCCCACCAUGAAAAUGACGAGGGAUAUCCUCGUUGGCAGGGCCCCUGAGCUCGACCCCGAGGACGCGACCAAGUUCGAUUACUUCACCGCCAUCGACCCUCGCCUCAUCAAUAACGAGGAGAGAGCAGAGCUCCUCAAGACGCUGGGCAUCGACGAGACGACCACGCCCGUCAAGGGUAAGAAGGGCAAGGGUAAAGACGCCUUCAACCCGUUCGAGUCGACCACUAUGUCGGCGAGAAAGGGUAGGAACGAGCUUCAGCUGCGCGACCGCACUUGGUAG